GCGUAAUUUUUAAUGUGUCUGUUCUUAUUAUUAUUGGGCGACGGCGUUGGAGUGCGCGCAGGAUGGCCCCGCAUGUUGGGUUGGUAAGCAGCGUCCGUCGAUGCCGGCACAAAGCUUAAACCUAAGGUAGAUAUAAGGUGAGGUCGGAAGGUAGAGUCUACCUCACAGUAUCCUACUUGCUGUCCGUCUUGAGUCUCCUUAUUCGAAACCCCUUGAAGAAGAAAAUGGCGACACCAAAGAUUAAGCUAUAUACGAACCAUCGCUGCCCAUGGGCUCACCGAGCACACAUCUCUCUUGCUGAGCUCGGGCUACCGUUCGAAGAGGAGAUUAUUGACUUGAGCACCCCACGUACCCCCGAGUAUCUGAAGAUAAACCCUCGGGGUCUAGUUCCGUCUAUCGAAUAUAACGGAGAGAUCCUCACAGAGUCGGCUAUCAUUUCUAAUUUCCUAGCCGAUGCUCAUCCGUCUCAUCUUCUACCGGCCUCGAACGCCCCUGGAGGCGCCUUGCUUCGUGCUAGGAUCGCUUUCUUCGUCGACACCUUUAUCUCGAAGGUGAACAGCAACUUUUACAAGGCGCAAUUCGCCAAGACUGACGAUGAAAGAGAAGUUCUCGUCAAGGAGUAUGUCGACGCACUUGUAAAGGAAGUGGAGCCACUUCUUGCCGAUGCUGCUCCCUUCUUCAACGGCAGCGACAAGCUUACGCAGGCCGAGGUGUUGACAGGAAGCUUCAUAAUCCGCCUUUUUACACUACCGAAGCAUGGCAUCCUGCCUGCGCACAUCCUCACUGAUAUUUCUGCCAAGGCCCCUAACUUCUACAAAUGGGGACAAGCUGUUUCCAAGCAUCCUAGCGUGGCGGGAAUAUAUAACGAAGAAGACGUUGCGACAAGUACCAAGGAGAGACUGGCCAAACUACGAGCCGCUUGAACGUUUCCAACCUGUCAUCGCAGUGUAAAUUCUUUGGCAGUCAGAGGUGGCUUUGGGUUACGGGAAUGAGCCUGUCUAUUAUCCAAUUAUACCUUUUAAAAAAACCAAAAAAAAAACCAAAAAAACAUCAGCGCUUGCUUUAACAACAUAGUAGUGACAGCUUGUUCUCUUGGCUCAUAUGCCAUCAAAAUUAGAAUAUUUAUGCCGUUGUCAGAUCAUCGAAAGAAGAAUUGAUGAAUUUAAAAAGGCAUCUACUUUGUAUGCCGCGGUGUUGUUUCGGAGUUAAUACUAUUAUAUCCGGCUUUAAGCAG